AAAACCCAGUGAUGACGGAUGCAAGGCCCUGCCCAAUGGCAUCACCAGAAGAUCCGUCUCGUCCAAUGAGAGCCAGCCGGGAGAGGCUUUCCCCGCCUCCUGUCACUGAAGAUUGGGAUGCCAGGCUUGCAACCAGAGAGCAAGGGUUGGAAGAAGGAGCUCAGCCAUGGUGGCCUUUUGGCUCCUUUGGGGAUACAUCCUCGUUUGCUUUUCUUCCUUGGUGCACGGUUUACGCAUCCAAGAAUACCUUUAUUUCCAAGUGCUGAGCCCCGGGGAUAUCAGAACACAAGGUACGAGCAAAUCUACCUGGUUCCAGCGGACCCUCCGGAGGCGUGUGGGACAUUAAAUAAUGGUGUUUUCAUUGAUGGCCAGAUUGCUUUGGUGGAACGCGGGGGCUGCUCCUUCCUCUCAAAAACCCGCAUCGUUCAAGAGCACGGGGGCCGCGCGGUGAUCAUUGCCGACAACGCCUACGACAACGACAACUCCUAUGUGGAGAUGAUCCAGGACAGCACACAGCGGACAGCAGACAUCCCUGCCCUAUUCCUUCUUGGGAGAGAUGGGUACAUGAUCCGGCGCUCCUUAGACCAGCACGGAUUUCCCUGGGCGGUCAUCUCUAUCCCGGUCAACGUCACCAGCAUCCCAACAUACGAGCUCAUGCAGCCUCCCUGGACUUUUUGGUAGCAGAGAUAAAUAAAUGCACGGCAAAGGGUUCUGGUGGCAACAUCAAGGCAUAUCCGGAGACUGACCGACCUGCCGGCCAGAGGCAACAGGAAGCCCGUUGUCCUGUGAAUGGACUGUGUAUGAACAGAUCACAGCUGUGAAUCUCCUCCCAGCUUCUGGAGCCAUAUUUAGGGACGGAGGAAGCUGUCCUGUUCGAUGCAGAGGAGCGUGGCCAAUGUGUAGGGUUUUAGAUAGGACUUUGUUUCUUAGCCGUACUUGGAGGUUGAUCUUGGGACGUGGUUUAGAAUGAGUCGGACUCUUGGCCCAUCUAGCUCAGUAUUUCCAAUUCUGACUGGCAGCUAUAGCUUUUUGGAUUUUAGGCGAGGUCCUCUCCUUGCCUUUGCUGGAAAUUCCCAAUCUUCUCUUUUAAUGCCAUCUCCAUCACAUAAGAGAAGCACAAGAAGCUGGUUUACACUCUAGCUCAGUCUUUCUUGGAUUUAGGUUAGCGAAGGCUGGAAAUCCCUGAUCUUCCCUCUUAGUGGUCUCCCAGCCAAAUAAAAUGAUGAUAAGAAGCUGGAUCAUAAUGGCCCAUAACUCUUGGCCCAUCUAGUUCAGUACUACUGUCUUGCCAUUGCUGGAUAUUCUCUUUGAAUGGCAUCCCCAUCCCAUAAUAGGAGCAUAAGAAGCUGGUUUGUAGUGAUGACCCUUGAUAUUCCUGACUGAUCUGCAGCUAUGGCUUUGGAAUUUGGGAUUCUUUCCUGGCCAUUACUAGAAACACCCCACAGUGGUUUUCUAGCCAUAUAAGAGGAGGAUAAGAAGUUGGUUUAUGAGUCAAACUCUUGGUUCUUCUAGCUUAUUGCUGAUUCUGUUGGUAGCAAUUGCUUUCUGGCAUUUUGGGUGGGAUUCUCCCAGCCAUAUAAGAGAAGCAAUUUGGACCCUUAAUCCAUCUAUCUCCAUAUUGCUGACUCUAAUUUGCAGCAAUGGUUUUCUAGGAUUUGGGGUAGGGCUUUCCUCGUCAUUAUUGGACACCCCUCAUCUUCCACCAUAGGCGUUUCAGCCAAAUGACUAUACUAUGCAACAAAAUUUGAAUUUUUUUUGUUCCUGGUUUGAAAGUGUUACUUGCUGUUUAAUUAUGCGGGCCUUACUUUGAAAGUGCAGUAGAGUCUCACUUAUCCAACAUAAACAGGCCGGCAGAAUGUUGGAUAAGCGAAAAUGUUGGAUAAUAAUAAAGAGGGAUUAAGGAAAAGCCUAUUAAACGUCACAUUGCAUUAUGAUUUUACAAAUUAAGCACCAAAACAUCUUGUUUUACAACAAAUCGACAGAAAAAGCAGUUCAAUACACAGUAACAUUAUGUAGUACAGUAGAGUCUCACUUAUACAAGACUCGCUUAUCCAAGGUUCUGGAUUAUCCAAGGCAUUUUUGUAGUCAAUGUUUUCAAUAUAUCAUGAUAUUAUGGUGCUAAAUUCGUAAAUACGGUAAUUACAACAUAACAUUACUGCACAUUGAACUACUUUUUCUGUCAAAUUUGUUGUAUAACAUGAUGUUUUGGUGCUUAAUUUGUAAAAUCAUAACCUAAUUUGAUGUUUAAUAGGCUUUUCUUUAAUCCCUCAUUAUCCAAGAUAUUCGCUUAUCCAAGGUUCUGCUAGUCGAUUUAGCUUUGAUAAGUGAGACUCUACUGUCAUUCCUGUAUUUACAAAUUUAGCACCAAAACAUCGCAAUGUAUUGGAAACAUUGAUUACAAAAACACGGACUACUAAAAGGCAAACUGCGUUGGAUAAUCCAGAAUGUUGGAUAAGCGAAGGUUGGAUUAGUGGGACUUUACUGUAGUUAUUCUACUCCAGAAACUUGGUUUUUGUGGCGGCCACAAACUUUGUUGAAUUGGUUGAGACUUGAUGCAAUAUUCAUUGAAAAAAUAGAAUAAAAAGUGCUGCAGGGUGUCCUGUGAAAACAAAGUUUUUGCAGUUGUAUAAAAUUUUUCAUGGUUUUAUGAGAAAACCAAUUUGGACAUGACAUUAAUAACUCAGGAACAAAAAUGAUGUUACAUAGUUAUAAGAAGCUGGUUCCAAAUGACAACAAUUGUUUUCUAGGAUUUGGGCAGGAUUCUUUUAGCCAUUGCUAGAAAUCCCAAAUUUACCCCCAAAGUGGUUUCUUGGCCACAUAAGAAGAGCACAAGAAGCUGAUUUAUAGUGAUUUAUAUAUACUCCAUAUUGCUGAAUUUGACCAUCACCACCAGCAAGUCACUGGUUCAAUAUUUCCCCAUCGGUGGUCGCUCAUCUCAAGUCUAACCAGGUCUGACCUUUCUUAGCACCCUAAUUCAGAUGAGAUCGGAUGGUAUUUGGGUUGUUUUUCUUUUUCUGGGUGAAAAGUUGUUGUUUGCAAUGUGGUUAGUGUUGACCAUCAGGACUGGCCAGAGCGUCAGGUGGGAUAAAGGUCUUUUUGGAAGGGGCUAAUGGGAGUUAUAGUCAAACCAGAGAGCACUGCAUUGUGGGGGGGGCUCUUAUGAUGUGUGGAAAAACCACAGCCAUAAGCAAUUUUUACUCAAUACCCUAUCAAAAGCUGAUACAGGGUGUAUCUACACUGUAGGACUAAUGCAGUUUGACAUCACUUUAACUGCCAUGGCUCCAUGUGGAAUCAUGGGACUUAUAGUUUUAUAGAUCUUCAAUAGCCUGUCAUAGAGGCUGGUACCUCACCAAACUACAAGUCAUCAUUCUGUAGCAUUGAGCCAGGGAAGUUUAAGUGAUCUCAAACUACAUUCAUUCUACAGUAGAGAUGCACCCGGUGUCUCCUCUUUCAGGUAUUAGUCACAGAUUAUUUUUGUGAGUUGUUGAAUAUUAAAUAUCUGUCUCUA